GUAGGAAUCUGUCAGCCGGCUCAGAGGAACUGGACGCAGAGCACACAUACACAACACACCCACCCACACACAGAUAGACCACAGCAUGGCGUACACAGCGAAGAUCGGGCCGUCCAUCCUCAGCAGCGACCUGGCCCGCCUGGGCAGCGAGUGCGUCCGGAUGCUGGAGUGCGGGGCAGACUACCUGCACCUGGACGUGAUGGACGGACACUUCGUCCCCAACUUAACCUUUGGACAUCCGAUGGUCGAGUGCUUGCGGAAGUCUUUAGGGCCGGAUCCCUUCUUUGACAUGCACAUGAUGGUGUCCCGACCGGAGCAGUGGGUGAAGCCCAUGUCUGCAGCCGGAGCCAAUCAGUACACGUUUCACCUGGAGUCCACGACCAACCCUGGGAACCUCAUCAAGGAGAUCAGAGAGGCCGGGAUGAAGGUGGGCCUGGCCAUCAAGCCUGGGACCACCGUAGAGGAGCUGGCUCCCUGGGCCAACCAGAUCGACAUGGCCCUGGUCAUGACCGUGGAGCCUGGCUUCGGGGGACAGAAGUUCAUGGUGGACAUGAUGCCCAAGGUCAGCUGGCUACGGAGCCAGUUCCCCUCGCUGGACAUCGAGGUGGACGGAGGCGUGGGCCCCGACACCAUCCACCGCUGUGCCGAGGCCGGAGCCAACAUGAUCGUGUCGGGCAGCGCGGUGAUCGGGAGCGCCGACCCUCGCUCCGUCAUCGCCCUGCUGCGCACGGCUGUUUCGGAGGCCAUCCAGAAGCGCUCGCUGGACCGCUGAGGGCGUCCGUCCGUCCGUCCGCUGCGAGGGCACAGACCGCUCUUUGUAUGUUUGUCCUUGAUUGGGCGCGGGGACAGUGACGGGACAGUGCGGCGUUGACACGAGAUAGCGGGCUACGGCGGUAAGAGGAAGUUCUCCUCUCCGUCCUCCAACGAAGCGGCCCCACUUUGUGUUUGGUUCCUCCGACCUGCCAGGAAACUCGCCCAGUCUCUCUCUCUCUCUCUCUCUCUCUCUCCGCCUGACGACCGUCACGGGAAAUAAAACUGAACAGUGGAAGAUCGAGUGGCUUGUAUGCAGUGGACUGUAAACAUUCCUUACUAUUUUUGAUUCAUGAUUUGUGUGGAUACUUUUAAUGGAUGUGUCAUUUUUUUGAGAAUAACAUAAUACAGAAUACCGAAUCAUGUUUCACGUUUCUGUCCUGUUCUGUUUGAGCCCAGGCUCUGAGGUCUGCUGUGGUUUCUUUACUGUGACCCGUUUAAUGAACUACGUCUGUCAAACACUAGGUGGCGUCUUUUGACAACUCAAGCCUAGUUGUGAAAUCAGGAAACAGAUCGUCUUUAUGAUGCGAUUGCACAUACUUUGUGCUGCACGAAUCACGGCAAUAGGCCCAAAUUACUUCAGCAUUUGUUUCCUUAUUAUGCUUCCGUGAAAUGACGAAUUUUUCUGCACACAAUGUCCUUGCUUUUGUCGCUUGCUGCCAAACAACAUUAAUUUCCCAAAUAGCUUAGAAUGACAAAAUAAUGGCUUUAGAAAAGCUAUUGCACCGCAUAUUUAGACGCUUCACGGAGCAAUGCACUUCA